ACCUCUUGGACAGUACUGGAAAGAGGGUUGUGAACCCUCCGGCGUAGAUUCCAGUGCACUCUCUGCCUGUGAAGAAGCUACUUGCUACACGAAUUUGCCAUCAGCAUGCAGAGAAACUGCGAAACCCGGAACUCUGAAUCCCCGGGAGAAAAGAGGAACUAUCCAGACAGUUGGGUUUACUCAUCGCCACAAAUGAAAACGUGGCAAUUUACUAAACAACAACCGUUUCGUGAACUUAAAGAACGAAAGCAAACGUGGCAGAAGCAGGAUAUUGGAUUGGCAACUGUACCAUCCUUUCCACGGUUAUCCCAAGGACAAAUAGAAAACUCAAAGUUGUUACGACUUCAGUCAUGUUCAUUCUUCUUCAGAAUUCCAUGACGGGGCAAAACAAAAUCCACCAUGAUAAGUAUAAUUGUACACUACAACAUCGUGUGCGUCGGCAUCUUCUUAUUUAAUAUUUUCAAAGUGGCAGAAUGACACCAAGGCUUAUAAACGUGUCCUGUUGUGCAAUGCGUUUUACUUCUCAUGUGGCAGUUGAAACUUGAAAAAAGAUUCGUACCUUUGUGGUGGUUGGAAGCCAAAAUUCGCAGACAACGAUGGAGAAAAUGUAACCUUGGCAUGUGGAAUAGGAUGGGAACGCUGAACAAUGGACGUGCCCAGGUUCCUUGUCAAAGUUUUGAGAUUUCUCACUCCAGAACAAGUUCCACUUGAUCUGGAGCCACAAAAACCAGAAACAAAAAGCUGGAGAUUAUCGAGAACUGAUGAUUGCUUGGUGGCCGUCUCAUCGAUCAUUCCGCGCUACACCGAAGGCGCAUCGUAACCCUUUGACAAUCAGCUGCCCUCGAUUUUUCACCUCAGGACAAUCUCAACGUCAAACGAACGAAGCCACUGCAACCCCCCCAACAAUACGCAGCUGGAUUUCCAAGUAUAUCGCCAUCCGCAAACGGCAUAAACAAGCGGUACGAAUACAAACGACGUUCAGUCUAGCACCUAAUUGGUUUAACGUUCGCUUGUUACGCCCGACCUAUUACAUGAAGGAGAAGGAGCAGAUAAUGUUUUGGAUUAUGUUUCGACAAUUCUCGUCGUUCGCCUCCAAAGCGUUGACGUGUAAACAAAUCGGCAAACCAUGUCACCAAGAAAGGCCAUAAUCUUUCACUGCUCCCGGUGGUAGUGCCCUGGGAUUCCGUAAAUGCACAACGACAUUUAGUAGGAUGAGAAUCGUCUUGAAAGGCUUGAUUGUUGCCCUCUUGCUUUGCAAAUUGCCUCGAGCUGAAUGAAGGCAGAGAUUGUCUUACGCGGCAACAGGAAUUUAUUUUGUUCGUCAUGAAUGGACAAAAGGCCCUUUCAAUGUUUGGCUUGACGGUAUCGUACAAAGGCCAACGUCACUGACCACCAGGGAAUGAAUGCCACUAAAACUUCAGCAAGCUCAUCAUCAUUUUCUUGUUUGUUGGUUUACCAACAAAAAUUUAAACAGCCCGCAAAUGAUUGUUUGUUUGUUGGACACAAUCGCAUCUAAUUUCACUGCUAUAAUACGCGACCAAGGAGAUGAGGCAGCAUCUGACAACAGGUGAGCCAGCAGCCGUGUGCCGUGAAAACCAAUGAUUCUGUCUAUUUUGGUCACACCCCCCUCGUUUGAAUGCAUCAUCAGACCAUUUUCGUCUGUUUCAAGCAACCAAACACGACUACUGCAUCACACGCAAUGACGAAAAAGGUUUGGUUAUCGAAUCGACGAACUAUUGGAAACGCAAUCGCUGCGAAAGCUCGGGUGCUCCAUGGAGCCAUUUUUCCACGUGGAUGUUGUCAUCCAUUAACAUUCAAAAGUGCAUUCCUGUUUCCAGCGUUUCUCUUUCGGCAUUUGUAGAACGGGAAAAUGCUUCGGUCGUUAUAUGCAAAUCGGUUGCAGUGUUGGACACACAAUAUUUUGGAAUCCAUAUUGUGUCUCAUCUUUUACGACCAACCUUUAACAUGACUCUGCUAAACAUUUUGAUUUUAGGGCCUCCUUGCUUAUUAUUAAUGUAAAGAACGCAUAGCAUUUGGCGUGCCAAAACAUGAAGCAACGCAAUCACGAUAACUUUGCCACGGCGUACAAAACGUCCGAUAACCGUAAAUCAGUUUUUAAGGAUACUCUGCUGAUCCGUGCCAGCAACGUGGUCUUCAUCACCUUAAAGUAAAUCGCUUUUAACUAACCUAAACAAAUGAAUUCGGUUUUGAACGAAUCCCGCAACUGCGGGAGGUCACCCACGAAGAAGAAAAAUGGGAAGACCGGGAAACGCCCUUGGUUUGCCUUCUCUCACCCCCCAGUAAUGUCCUUAAGUGCCCCUCCCCGUAGCGCAGCUGGAAGGAGGUAUUAAUUCAAAUCCGCUGGCGAAUCUUCUAUUGUUAUCGCGUUGCCACGAAUUUACAAUUCCGGAUUCUUUUUCUGUUUUGAAAAUUUCCCCUUUUUAAAAAAGAAAUGUCUUUUCCAAACAGAUUUUACCACGUGCGUGUCAUUGGGCGGCGUGUGGGCGUGCAAUAGCAUCCGUGGAGACUUUGAUUUGACAAACAAAUAGAAAAUUCCUUUUUUUUUUUUUUUUGGCGCCUGGUCGUGAAAAACAGAACGAAAAGGGGAAAAACCUCCCAGUCUUUUGCUGUAAUGGAAAAAAGAAAGGAAGGAAAAAUCUAUGGGAGCGCCAAGGACGUGAAUUGUGAACGUCAAUGCGGUCACUGACGUCUGCCAAGAACAUUUUGAGUCUACAAUUUAGAGAAGGAAAAUUUAAAAAAACGACGUGACGAGUUAGAACGAUAAUGGAUUCUUCAAAGCCGUUGCAUUUGUUUAAAGAAUAAUGUCCGUUUUCAGGCCUGGAAUUGUUUGUUCCUGUUCGAGAAUAACAUGUACGUUUCCGCAAACACGAUUUCCCCCCUUUUUUUUAACGACCAAUUUCGUAUGGAGUCUCACCAUGGCUGGCUAAAAUAACAACACGUUCUUGGUGUAGUACAUAGGUGACACUUGUGUUCUCGUUCCAGGGGAUGAAUCUGCUCUACAACUUGUUCCUCUUCAUUUUCCGAAAGCAAAACAGAGCGGCAGGAAACGAACAAGUCGAGAAGAUUAACGAGCGAAAAAUAUUCAAGACAUAAACACAGGCCGUUUCUUUUUCGUCUUUUUAAUGUCUUGAAUAAGACCUUAAAAAUAGGAACGCGGCCGACAGGGGAAGAACAAAAAAAAUUUAGCGCGUGAGACAGAAAAAGCACGAAACAAUAAGCACACCGUAAAUUAUACGAGACAAGAGUAACCCAAGAAACAGGUUGUAGCAGGAUGAUGGAUGUGUUUGCGUCAAUGUUUCCAGUAAGCGCACAUGCGAGAAAAACAAAGCCUUUACUACCAGACGCAGUAAAUGUCCGACACGGGUUGAUAAAGACGCCUUAAUCAAAUGAAUUAUAAAAAAAGCGGAGAGCUCCCGAACAGAGCAAACAAAUCAUUGCAAAUCUUUGAAUCAGCUUCACGUCAAGCAAGAUGCAGUGACCCGGGACAAAGUUCUGAGGAUGACACCAGAAGAAAUAUUGUACCUGUCCAUCUUUAAAUAUAAAAAAAAAAGUGGGAGGGACGAUCACAAAGGUGAAUAUACGCCCCACGUUAACCUCAGAAAGAAAAAAAAAACAACAAGCAGCGCCAUAAUGACUGAAUAGAAGACGAAAACACUUGUUUCCAUUGUUGGAGCCCAACAUCGCGGAUCAGCGUGCCGUCCAUUAUUCCAGUAACUAUGCCAUGACGAAUGAAGGUGCACCCGGAGUGGCAAGGUAACUAGAAAGAAAAGAAGAAGAAGAAAAAAGCAACAGAAGGGAAUGACGACGGAUCGCCAGAAGGCGAAUGUCCUUGAAUUUAUCUACCUAAACGCUAACGGGAAAGCAGACGGACCAUGUGUUGCAGUACCCGCUGUAUAUGUGUGCAAGUCAAAAAUAUAGCAAAAGAGUGAGAGACAAGAGAAGUUCAUCUCCGUAGGGAGAAGAGUUGAACGUCUUUAAAGAAACCGGGCGAGUCGCUGGUUCGUCUCAGUCACAGUUGAAUCUCUGAACGCUCUACAACUGGCUCUGUCCAGCAACAGCAUUCCGUCCACAGCCGACAAAUCUUACGUUGCCGUGGUGGGCAGUUUGAGCCAACCGACGCGCAUUUCUCUAGUGCAACGUGUUGCAUCCAAUUUGCAUAGAGAGGUCAUGGAGUCGCAAAUCAACGUGCGGCAAUCCAUGCUGGAGAAAAUGAAACGGCCUUUCAAAAACAACCGGAGACUCAACCGCUAUUGGAACAGCGUCCAGCUCAAUCUCACGCGCAAUUCUGGAUAUUACGCACUCGUCUCCUCGCUCAUGUGCCUGUGUCUUAUCGGACUGCGAUCCAACACUGAAUUUCACGAUCACGACGAAAUCGACUCUGAGCUUCAUUAUAGUUUUCACAGUUGGGAACCGAAGAAACCUAUGGAAAUUCGGCCGCGUGAAAGGAGAGCUGUGGAUCCAUCUGAUGGCGAAACAAAAAUCAUCCUUUUUUGGACAAAGUAUCACGGAAGUGCAAGUUUCGAUUUUGGUUUGGGUUCGAGGCCGUUUGAGUCGGCCGGCUGUCGAGUCUCUAACUGCAAAACGACCACCGACCGAUUAUUGCUCAACGAAUCGCAUGCCGUCAUUUUCCAUUCGGGAAAUCUCAACAUCUCCGACAUGCCCCCCGUGCGCUUCGAUCACCAGCGUUGGAUUUUCUACUCGUUUACGUCCCCCGUCAAUUUAGCGCCGAUUCCUAAAUUCUUAAAAGAUAAAUUCAAUUGGACAAUGACCUAUCGUCGGGACUCGGAUAUUAUCCAUCGUUAUCCAUUCGGAGCUCUGGUGGCCAGCAAGACGAUUCGUAAAAGUUACGGCAAAACACGUCCGACGGCCAAUUCCGUCCAACGUCGCAUUCCACAUAAGAAGAAGCUUGUCGCCUGGAUUACGUCGACUUGCCCGACGUCGGUGCGGAGAGAGAACUACGUCCGCCAGUUGGCCAAACACAUCUCCGUCGACAUUUAUGGCGGGUGCGGUCAUAAAUAUUGCGGUAGCCACGAACAGUGCAUGAAAAUGCUUCGCGAAGACUACAAGUUCGUGCUGGCCUUUGAGAAUUCGCUGUGUACCGAUUACGUGUCGGACAAGCUGUACACGGCGCUGGAGAAUGGGGUCGUGCCCGUCGUCUACGGCGAGGCAGACUACAGAGCCUACGCGCCGAGCAACUCGUACGUCAAUGCUCGUGAUUUCGGCUCACCGCGGGAGUUGGCUGAAUACCUAUGGCUCCUCCAUCAAAACGACCAUCUGUACCAAAACUACUUUGCUUGGAAUCAAGACUACAUUGUGGAUAGGUUUCCAACAGACGGCUGGUGCAAUUUGUGCCAGAUGCUCCACAAACCCAUGGAGUCGCAGGCCUAUUCGGACGUCCAGCGGUGGUGGGCCGAGGAAGUCACCUGCAUGUCCAAUUAUCAAUUCAGCCUCAACGUCAGCAACAGUAUUGAACCGGUGAUGCACAACUAGCGAAAACUACAAAUGAGAAUGAAUUUGUGCGAGUGGUGUGUGAGUUUGUAUUGAAAUUAACCAAUUCUUUUUAACUAGUUUGAAUCAAAAGAAAAUGCAACUGACGCACUAGUUGCGUUCAUUCGUCCCGCGGAUUGUUGUUCGAACAUCAAGUGAUAAUUUGGUGACGAUUACAGAGAUGUGCCGAUUCAGAGUAACACUCAACUGUCAACAAUUAGUAUACGUGCCGGUUUGAAUUGCCAAUUUGUCGUCGCUUUUUAUCGAUACGUUUUUGAUUUUUUGAAAACAAUAACGGACUGAAUCUUGAACGUUGAAACCGCCAAUGGAUGACCAUGAUUUUCGUAUACUAAUAAUCUUUAUUUUAUAUUUUUGCCUAGUAAUCUUUUUUAUUUAUUAGUAACCUAUUAUUAUUUUAGUGAUUUUGCACUAUUAUUUUUCUCGCAUUCGAGAAUCUUUUUUUCUGGUCGAGUACAUCGAUUGUCGUUGACGCUACUAACACACGCUGUUUUGUACUAUUUACAUUUUUCCUUUAGGAAGUUGUCCCCCCCCCCCCACUCUUGUGUACCGUUACAGUCGUGUUGAGUAAAAAGACUAUCCGACGAUCCGACAAGUAUGGCGGAAUCACUUCAAUGUAUAAUUAGUGCAUGUCUAUUUGCAUGUGGGUGGCCAUCUGUCACUGCUGCUCUGGGACUGAACACAACGAAUUCCGUCUGAUGAAAUAAAUGGGCAUUUUUUAACGAAA